GAGGAGUCAUCAUGGAAGAUUCUGUCUCCGCUACUGAAUGGAACCACAUCCUUGUCGCACAUUGAUGGGUCUAUGUAUUCCGUUCAGGUGCCAGACAUGAUUUACAAGGAACAUGCAGCAGAAAUAAAUAAGCUAGGAUUGCAGGGCUUGUAUCAAGAAGAUAAACUAGACUUGCUGAGUCUGGUUCAGUAUGCCAACUUAGCUCUGAAGUCCCUUCUUCAAAUUGUCCAGAAAACACACUCACAGGCCAAACCUGAAUCAACAGAGGAGUUGAAUGUCCUGAUGGGUCGUGUCGCUAGCUGGAAUGAGACUGUGGAUCAACUUACAACUAAGUUGAAUACACUCUUGCCCGAGUUAAUGGAGUCCGUUGCAGUGCACCGUCAGCAUAUCACGCUGCCCGUCCCCACUCUGGAGAGUAUUGAGCAAGAUGGAAAGCCCAACCUCUGUCCUCCGACACCACCUCUGUGUCUCGUCAACACUCCUGUGGUGGCCAAUGGGGGGCCCAAGUAUGCUCCUCUGAUGCUCACCCCUGGUGUGCACAAACCUCAUGCAAGAGGGCCCCAGAAGGAGGCUAAUACCACUCCUAGCAGGAUGCUCUCCACCCAUACUAUGACACGAGCUGCCAGAAGGUCACCCAAGGCCAGUGUUCUUUAUUCCUCGGAAACUCACAAAGAUGACUCGGUCUUGAUUGUAGCUGGGGAAGAAGCUAAAGUUGCCGAGGCAGAGGAAGGGCUGCCAGUAGAGAUGCUGACAGUGGAUUGUCGGGUGCGCUACCAGAGGAAGAAGCAGGAGGAGCUGGAGGCCCUGCUGGAAAAGUACCAACCGCAGAAAAACAGGGAGGGGAAGAAAACAGUGAUCCCCAAAAGAACAAAAAUUCCCAAAGAGAACAAGAAACCACUGGAGAACAAUGCUCUCUCAGAUUGUAGCAAUCGUGGGACCAAGAAAGUCCUUGCCCAAGUGGAAAUGAACCUGAAGGAAACAAAUAUGAAGAAUGGAAAUGGAUUGGCUGCUGGUCCAGAUUAUGGAGAGGAUCUUGACAGUUCACUGAUAAAUAGACUGGCAGAGGUGGUUGCUACUGAUGACAAUGACAGUGGUGCUGCAGAGCUAAUGGCCGAGUCUCUUAGUUGUGCAAACUCCAAGGAAGGCUCAGCACUGGAUUCUGGUUGUGCUGAAGGUUCUAGCUCAGAGACGUUGCUGGAUGCUAUCGAGAAGAUGAGCACUCCAAGGAAGAAAGUGAGAGCAAACUUCCUCAAAACAGACCAGGAUCUGCAAAGAAAGACUCCAGAUAUUUCAAAAGGCAGUGAAGUAACACAACCAGCAAAUUUACAAGUAAUAAAACUGAUUGAUUUUACACCAUGUGGACAGCCAGCCACUAAUAAUUGUACACCAGUUGGGACACCAACGAGAGAUCCUUUCAAGACACCCAUCCAGAAACAAGCAGCUGUAGGGAAGAAUACUGAUGUUUCCAGGCAGCUGCUAGCAUCCUUAUCUCUAGACAAAAAAGAGGAGAAUGCCCAGGAGGUCCCAAAGGAUCUCAUGACAAGGAUGUCUCUGUUGACUCAGAGUCCAGUGAGAAGUGCCGCAAUUCCUCAAGGAUCAAAGAUAUUAGCAAAGUUCUCGGGACUGGAGCUGCAGGAGGCAUCCAGAGACACCAGACAGAAGAUACCUGAUAGUACAGAAACCAGCCGGGGAGCUGCCAUAGUGGAGCUUCGACACCAUGCAAAGACAAACCUCUGCAGUCUGAUAGAACAAAUGCAGAAGAUGAAGCAAGUCCACCAAGAAGCAGAAGGGAUAAAGGAAAGCAGACCUAGAGUGGGAUCUAAGUCCAAUUUCUUAUCUUAUGUAGAAAAACUGAAAGCAGAGAAGAACCAAAUUAACAGUGGUAGCGAGAGCAAGCAUUUGUUGAGUCUUACAAAAGACAUAGAGAUAAACACUGACAAGAAGGAACCACAGAGUGAUGCAAUGACCUGGAAUGAAAGAUCCUCAGUAAAAGAAACAGCUGAUAAGAUUCUUACUGACAAUAAGACAGACUUUUUAAAUAACAUGACAAGAAUGCAAGACCUCCUUGGUGAUGAUGACGAUGAUGAAGACACACUUACUGGAAGUUGCUGUGAGAGUAAGGUAGGCAUUGUGUUUUAUUUUAUAGAAAAGGGAAAGGUCUCAUGA